CUAUAUUUCACGUUAUCUUUUUAAUUUCAGUAGCUCGCGGUGUGGCAACACGCCAGCACUCAGUUGAUUAGAAAUAAAUAAAUAUUUUAUUUGUUUUUUAAGCAGUAAUAAAAAGUAAAACAAUGGUUUCUUUAACUACCAAACUACUGUUAGCUGUGGUGGCUUUAGCCGUCGUUGGUGGUGUGAUUGCUGUCAUAGUGGUGUUUGUGGACCAAGAGUCUGACGCUGAUACUGAUGGCGUCGCAUCCUCCACCAGUACGACAGAAGCCCCAGAUCUGGAUGGCAUUGUUUAUGAAGUGGGAGUGGGCAUAGCGGAUAUGACUGGACCGUGCGUUGAAGUAACAUUCAUGGGUUUCGCUGCGUUCGAUCAGACUGGUCGUGGUCUCCAUCUACGACAGUUCUCCAGAGCGUUUAUAUUCGUUAAGGGCGAUACGAGAGUGGUGCUGGUCAACACAGACAUCCAAGCCGUGGGUGUACACGUGAGACGGGAGGUGGUAAAUAGACUUCAACAGGAGUACGGCGAUAUAUACAGUUUAAGGAACGUGAUCAUAACUGGCACUCACACACACGCCGCGCCUGGAGGCCAUCUAGUCGACUUCCUGUUGGACUUCAGCAUUCGCGGCUUCUCUCAAGACGCUUUUAAUGCUUACGUUGAAGGCAUCACAAGGAGCAUAAUUCGAGCACAUGAGAACAUUGUACCAGCUCGAUUAUUCUACGGUACCACUAGAGUGGCGAAUGCCCAGAAGAACAGAUCACCCUACUCCUACGAUUUCAACCCCAUCGAAGAAAAACUCGAGUAUGAGAACAAUGUGGACGAUAUAUUAACCCAGGUGCGAAUAGUGAAAGCGAAUGGUGACCUCCACGGCGUCCUAAACUGGUUCGCUAUACAUGCCACCAGCAUGAACAUGACCAAUCGACUCGUCUCAUCAGACAACCUUGGAUAUGCUGCCAUCACUAUGGAGAAGACUCUAAACCCUGACAAUCUAGUUGGGAAGCCAAAUAUUGUGGCUGGUUUCUUCACGUCGAACUUGGGUGACGUUUCCCCAAAUUUGGAGGAGGCUCGUUGUGAGUUCAGCGGAGAGAUAUGCGACAAUCAGUUCGCGAUAUGUGGUGCGGGCGAGCGGUGCUACGCCUUAGGCCCAGGAGAUGAUAUGUUCGAGAGCACCAGAAUUAUUGGCAGUAGAAUGUAUGAGGGCGCGAUGGAGGUGCUGAAUACCCCGGGGGAAGAGUUAACGGGCGACCUUGCGGUUAUACAUCAAUUCAUCGACAUGCCAGACGAGAAAGUGUUUAGAUAUGACCCCGUGUCUAAAACUUUUAAUGAGGACGAGGUGGUGAGUGGUUGCGUCCCAGCGCUGGGAUACAGCUUCGGUUCUGGCACCACCGACGGAGCGAACACGCUGAAUAUCACUCAGGGUACGUUAGAUGGGGUUCCUUUACUGGAUGCAGUGACAGGACUCGUGAUGGGACCCACAGAUGAAGACAUAGCUUGCCAUCACCCAAAACCUAUUUUAUUAGCCACCGGAAGGGCCAAUGUGCCGAUCCCGUGGCACCCUCGGAUUGUGUCAGCAUCCCUGAUUUGGCUGGGUGGAUUUGCCGUACUGGGCGUGCCGGGCGAACCGACCACCAUGUCAGGGCGGCGUAUGCGCAGCGUAGUCAGUGACGUCAUGCAACGCCACGGGCUCGAACCCCGCGUCGUAGUCUCUGGCCUCACCAACGAGUAUAUACAUUACAUUGCCACGUUCGAAGAAUAUCAGGUGCAACGAUACGAGGCAGCAUCGACGAUCUACGGACCUCACACUCUUGAAAUAUUUUUGAAUAAGUUUGCCGAAUACGCAUCAGUUGCUAUAGAGGGUGGAGAGUUACCAGCCGGUCCGGAGCCACCCAACUAUAUAAACAACACAGUAUCCCUGAUCCUGCCCGUGGUAUUCGAUAGUGUCCCGCUCGCCCGGGGCUUUGGGGAUGUAGUGGAACAGCCAGUGCCCUGGGCACGCCGUGGGGAAACCAUCAGUGCUAGCUUUGUAGGAGCGAAUCCACGUAACGACUUGAGGCAAGAGUCCAGCCAUGCGGUUAUAGAACGACUGGUGGAAAACAAUGAAUGGACUGUGGUAGCCACCGACGCAGACUGGGAAACUAAAUUCCAGUGGACGCGCACGUCCACAGUGUUGGGCACGAGCACGGUAACUUUCGAGUGGACGAUACCACGCGACACGCAGUUGGGCACGCACCGCGUAGUGUACUACGGCACGGCACGCCUCCCCCUCGGAGUGUACCGUCAAUUUACUGGCACGAGCAAUACGUUCGACGUCGUUAUUUAAUUUAUAGUCAUUAUCAUCGUCAUAAAAUAUAUAUAUAUAUAUAUAUAUAUA